AGGUGGCAGCAUGGCGGCGCGGGGCAGUGACAGCGAGGAGGACUUGGUCAGCUAUGGGAAAGGCCUGGAGCCACUGGAAGAAGGUGAAAGACCAAAGAAACCAGUUCCUCUUCAGGAUCAGACUGUCAGAGAUGAAAAAGGAAGAUAUAAGCGAUUUCAUGGAGCCUUUAGUGGGGGUUUCUCUGCAGGAUACUUCAAUACUGUUGGCUCAAAAGAAGGAUGGACACCAUCUGCCUUUGUGUCUUCACGACAGAAUAGAGCAGACAGAUCUGUUCUUGGUCCUGAGGAUUUUAUGGAUGAAGAGGAUCUUAGUGAAUUUGGAAUAGCGCCUAAAGCAAUUGUUACCACAGAUGACUUUGCAUCCAAAACCAAAGACAGGAUACGGGAAAAAGCCAGGCAGUUAGCAGCCGCUACCGCCCCUAUUCCCGGAGCCACUCUGCUUGAUGACUUCAUCACACCAGCUAAGUUAUCUAUUGGUUUUGAAUUGCUGAGAAAAAUGGGUUGGAAGGAAGGACAAGGAAUUGGUCCUCGAGUAAAGAGAAGACCCCGCCGACAGAAACCUGAUCCUGGAGUGAAAAUCUAUGGCUGUGCAUUACCACCCGGAGGAUCGGAAGGAUCUGAGGAUGAAGAUGAUGACUACCUUCCAGAGAAUGUGACCUUCGCACCCAAAGAUGUCACGCCCGUGGAUUUCACACCUAAAGAUAAUGUACACGGACUGGCUUACAAGGGCCUGGAUCCCCACCAAGCCCUGUUUGGAACUUCAAGGGGACAUUUUAAUCUCUUCAGUGAUGGAUCAGAGGGAACCAGCAAUCUUCUUGGUGAUGUUGGAGUCAAUAAAGGAAGAAAAUUGGGAAUUUCAGGCCAGGCUUUUGGAGUAGGUGCCUUGGAAGAAGAAGAUGAUGACAUCUAUGCUACGGAAACACUCUCAAAGUAUGACACUGUUUUGAAGGAUGAGGAGCCUGGAGACGGACUUUAUGGCUGGACAGCACCCAAACAAUAUAAACAUCAGACAGAAUCAGAGAAAAAUCUUCGAUAUGUCGGCAAAAUUUUGGAUGGAUUUUCCUUGGCUUCUAAACCUUUAUCUUCUAAGAAAAAUUAUCCACCACCUCAACUGCCAAAAGAUUACCGGCCAGUGCAUUAUUUUAGACCCGUGGUAGCUGCCACUUCAGAGAAUUCCCAUUUACUUCAAGUGUUGUCAGAGUCAACUGGAAAGUCAACGCAGGACUCAGGGACACAGAGUAGGCACCAACUGAAUGCCUCCAAGAGAGGGGAAUUGCUGGGAGAAACGCCUAUACCAGGUUCAGCUACUUCCGUGUUAGAAUUCCUCUCCCAGAAAGACAAAGAGAGAAUCAGAGAAGUGAAGCACGCAACUGAUCUGAAAGCCGCACAGCUUAAGGCCAGGAGUCUGGCCCAGAGUGCCUCUCACAGCAGGCUCCAGCCCUCCUCUCCAGAUGUUGCACACUCCUCAUGGCUCACAGCACUGGCUGGUCAGGCAGCUACCCCAAGAGCCAGCAACUUCAAGCCUUUUGCAAAAGAUCCGGAAAAGCAAAAACGAUAUGAAGAGUUUUUAGUAAAUGCGAAACAGGGCCAGAAAGAUGCUCUCGAAAGGUGUCUAGACCCCAGUAUGACAGAGUGGGAGCGAGGCCGCGAGCGUGAUGAGUUCUCUAGGGCGGCGCGGCUGUACUCGUCUUCCCACUCAACCUUGUCCUCCCGCUUCACUCAUGCCAAGGAGGAAGACGACUCAGAUCAAGUUGAAGUCCCUCGAGACCAAGAGAAUGAUGUCAACGACAAGCAGUCCGCGGUGAAGAUGAAGAUGUUCGGGAAGCUCACUCGAGACACUUUUGAAUGGCACCCUGACAAGCUUCUCUGUAAGAGGUUUAAUGUUCCUGACCCAUAUCCAGACUCCACAUUAGUUGGCUUACCAAGAGUGAAACGUGACAAAUAUUCUGUCUUCAACUUUCUGACAUUGCCCGAGACAACUUCCUCACCUACAACUCAAGCAUCAAGUGAGAAAGUUGCCCAGCAUCGAAGUUCUGACAAAUCAAGAAAAUCAUCCAGAUGGGAUACAUCAAAACAAGAAAAGAAAGAGAAUUCCAUUAGCGAAUUUUUAAGUUUGGCUAGAUCAAAAGUUGGUCCAUCUAAACAAGAGUCCAGUCCAUUAGUAAAGAAAGAAGAAAAACCCGUGACAGAAUCACUCCCAGAUAAGGAAAGAAACCAAGAUGUGAAUUCUCCGGCUGAGGAGAGCAGUGCCCGCCCAUCCAUGGACUUAUUCAAGGCCAUCUUUGCCAGCUCCUCUGAUGAAAAGUCCUCCUCCUCUGAGGAGGAGCAAGGUGACAGUGAGGAUGAUCAGGAAACCUCCAGGGAGGCUGACUUGAAAAGUUCCCAGGAAACUGGCUUGGUGGAAACAGCACCUGUGGUGCAAGCUAUUGAGCCAGCCCUCCAGGAGCCUCCACCUCCUUUCCUGAUUCAAAAGAUGCAGAUCGAUGAAAGAGAAGAGUUCGGCCCGAGGCUGCCUCCAGUCUUCUGUCCCAAUGCUCGUCAGACACUAGAGACACCUCAGAAAGAGAAACAUAAAAAGAACAAAGAAAAACACAAGACCAAGAAAGAACAUAGGCGAAAGAAAGAGAAGAAAAAGAAACACCGGAAGCACAAACACAAAGGCAAGCAGAAGAAUAAAAAGUCUGAGAAAAGCAGUAGCUCUGAAAGUACGGACAGCAGUGAGAGCCCGAGCGGUGAAGAAGGGGCCACAGCCCUGUCACCCGAGGAACUGCUGAGACGGUUGAAACGGUUCCCACUAAGGAGGCAGUAAUUGAAUUCUGCCCUGGCUGAGCCCAAUAUCCAGAUCUCUUCUGUGAUAGAAGCUCAUUGAUUGCUCCAUCACUGCAGUGUACAGAUUGUAUUUAUAUGUAAAUUCAUGCUGUAAAAUAAUUUGUAAAGUCUUGACAUUUCAAAGACCGCCUUGGAAGCUUCCAGAAAUUGAUUUCUAUUUUUAACUUCAGUUAGCGCCACAGAGGGGAAAAAAAUUCAGAUUGUACAAUUCAAUUAAAAUGGGAUUUUUCUA